AUGUAUCCCGUUAAAUUUCAAUAUUGCAAUGUUUCGGAGACGGAAGUUUCGAAGUUACCAGAAAAGAUUUGUAAAAUUCAGAAAUUUAAUUUACAAAAUUUCGAAACAACUUGUCAACGAGUUAUUGGUAACGUUUUCGUUGGUCCUGGAGAUGAGCAAUAUGUAAAAAAACUAGGAAAUGUAACUUGGAUUUAUGGGAGGAUUAUGAUAAAUGGGACAAGUUUGGAAGCAAUAGACUUUUUUAAAAAAUUGGAAUUUGUCGCUUAUUUUGAAGACGAUGAGUAUAGUUUAUACAUUCUUAACAACAAAUACUUGAUAAAUGCAAGUUUUCCAAAUUUAAAGGUUAUUCGAACACUAAAUGAAGUCUACAGAAUGCUGGUUUUUCAUGGAAAUAAUCCUCAAAUCGCAUUAAAUUCAAAUUUUUGCCAUCGUCUAAAAAGCGAACUCAACACUACGAAGCAAUUAAUUCCAGAAAUUGAUGGCAAAUCUUAUCUAAUUGAAAACUUCUCCAAAGUCAGAAUUUCAUAUUCUUGGUUCUUAAUUUCAAUAUUGGUCACAUUUUCGAAUCACAACUUUUAA